AUGUCCGCCAUUGAGUGUCUUUACUCACAAUCCAUCGCAGACAAACUACAGAACGUCAUGAGCAACGUCAGCGGGGCGGCCACUGGAGCGUACAGCGGAAAGUCGGCUCUUCUGCUCGGUGCUGGAUUUGUCACUCGCCCAACCGUAGACGUCCUCGCAAAGUCAGGCGUCAAGGUCACAGUAGCGUGCCGUACUCUCGAGAAGGCACAGAGCCUGGCCAAGGGCAUCCCAAACACCAACGCCAUUAGCCUCGAUGUCAACGAUGCCGACGCCCUCGAUGCCGAAGUCGCCAAAGUCGACGUAGUUAUCUCCCUCAUUCCCUACACCUACCACGCCACCGUCAUCAAAUCUGCGAUCCGCAAGAAGAAGAAUGUCGUCACAACAUCUUACGUCUCGCCCGCGAUGAUGGAGCUCGAUGCUGAGGCAAAGGAGGCCGGAAUCACCGUUAUGAACGAGAUUGGUGUAGACCCAGGUGUCGACCAUCUCUCGGCCGUCCUCACUAUCGACGAAGUCCAUAAAGCCGGUGGCAAGAUCCUGUCCUUCAAGUCAUACUGCGGUGGCCUACCCGCGCCCGAGAACUCAGACAACCCGCUCGGCUACAAGUUCAGCUGGAGUUCCCGUGGAGUUUUGCUUGCGCUAAGGAACCAGGCCAAGUACUACCAAGAUGGUCAGAUCAAAGAAGUCGAGGGCCCGGAACUGAUGGCUGAAGCUAAGCCAUACUUCAUCUAUCCUGGUUACGCUUUCGUCGCGUACCCGAACCGUGACUCAACUCCGUACAAGGAGCGCUACAACAUCCCUGAGGCACAGACCAUUAUCCGUGGUACUCUGCGGUACGGAGGUUUCCCAGAGUACAUCAAGUGCCUUGUCGAUAUUGGUUUCUUGUCUGAAGAACCCAAGGACUUCCUCAAGGAGGGCGAGAAGCGCACAUGGCGCGACGCUACGGCCAAGAUCAUCGGCGCAUCAAGCGACAAGGAUGAGGAUCUCAUCUGGGCCAUCUCCUCCCGGACAAAGUUCGCCAGCACUGAAGAGAAGGACCGCAUUAUCACAGGCCUCCGCUGGAUCGGUCUCCUCUCUGACGAGGAAAUCACUCCUCGUGGCAACCCUCUUGACACGCUCUGCGCUACUCUCGAGAAGAAAAUGCAGUACGAGGAGGGCGAGCGUGAUUUCGUCAUGCUACAGCACAGGUUCGAAAUCGAGAACAAGGACGGCAGCAAGUCAGUUCGCACAUGCACACUGGCUGAAUACGGCGACCCAAAGGGUUACUCAGCCAUGGCCAAGUUGGUCGGUGUACCCUGCGCGGUUGCCGUACAGCAGGUGCUUGACGGAACUCUGAGCGAGAAGGGUAUCAUAGCACCUAUGAGCCCAGAGAUCUGCGCGCCAUUGAUGAAGACGCUCGAGGACAAGUAUGGCGUUGUUUUCAAGGAGAAGACUGUCCCCUUGUAA